CAGACUAAAUAAUAUGAAGAGUGCGAUCAAGGCGGAAGAAGACGGUGGAAAUACGAGUGAUGGCCUUUCGCAUUCUGCGGAUAAAUAUUAUGCCACGUUUAAAACCUACGUUCGACAGCAUCAAGAUCUUAUUGCAUUUUGUGACAAGCUUGAAGAAGUAUUCAGUUUCUAUUCGCUGGGACAAGUGUUAUUGUUUAGCAUGUUAAUUUGCCUGGACGGAUAUCUGAUUCUCGUGGCAGAUAUACCCGCUACAAGACGAAGUAUUUUCAUAUUGCACAUAAUCGCCUGCAUAGCCCAGCUGUUCAUGUUUACCUAUAGUUGCGAUUGUUUAAUACACGAGAGUAGAAAUGUUGCUAUGGCGAUAUACUCAUCUCAGUGGACUGAUCAACCGAUGAAUAAAUAUGGAAGUAGGCUGAGAAAAGAGAUAGUACUUGUGAUGGUGAGGUCCAGAUCACCUUGUUCCCUAACAGGCUAUGGAUUCUUUAACAUAUCCUUGGAGACGUACACUAAGGUGCUGAGUACAGCAUUUUCGUACUUCACAUUAUUAAGACAAGGCUCCACGACUAUACAGUGAAUUUGCUCAGAUCGCUUAAUACGUAAAAUAAUACGUUCUCUACAUAACUUUUCAUCGAUCCUUUGUAGUUGU